AUGGAGCUAUCACAUUCAGUAAAGGUGUCGCUUCACCAGAAGCUAGUCGUUAUGCUGGCCAACAAGCUUGCACCACUCCGAAAGCUGAACUUUUUAGGUGAACGCAAGCCCACCCUCGAUGACUACUACAAACUCAAUGAUGCUUGCUUCCCCGACCAUAUUCCUCGUUCUCUCUCACUCCCCUACUUCUUCGAAAAUUACAACCUGUUCGCUUCCAACAAAUUCUUGGGCUGCAAAUUUGAGGACCGUUUCGAUAUCGCGUGCGCUACCUGGUACUGGAGCACCGACAAGUGCCAUUCAUUCUCCCGCCACUCCCACCAAAUUUUAGUCAACUUUCUCCUCGCCGGCAUCGUCGUGGCCCAACCCGACCAAAUCCAGGAUCCAGAUCUAUACCACUUCCUCUUCAAGUUCAUCUGCGCCUUCCACGCUUACAAUACACGCAUUGACAAAUUCCAUGAGCAGGAGGAUUUCCUUCGCUUCUGGUGGGACCACAAAUACGAUCUCAUUGAGUUCCCGGCCCGCAAAAUCAAGCACAUCAUGGCGAAGGUCAAGGCCAUGAAGCACGUGCCAUCCCACAUGCCCUUCCAGCCCGACGAGUUUCUUGAUCAGGCCCGCUUUCAAGAUCGCGCUAUCUUCGGCGAGUACGUCGUCGUCUGGGCUGUGCGGUGGUUGUUUCAUCUUGAGAAGGUCCACGUCUACUGCGAGGAUCUGGAGAAGCAGCACAAUGCAUUGCCCGAGGUCUUCGAGGAUAACUUGUGCGCUAGCUUGGCUGGUAUUGGGGUGGAGGACGACUUUCCUUACUAUGUCACCACGGAACACUUCACCCGCCCCGAGACGCAAGCUUUGCUCAAGGACAUUGAAGUCGUCCAACCCGCCAAGAAGAUCGAUAGCGUUAUGUGGAUGGAGCCGCAGGCUGCUGCGGAGCGCCUUUUAGACAGCGACCUGAGCGCGGUGCUCCAGAACAUCAAGCUCUAG